CAAAGACAAGGCUCUAUCGGUGGCCGUUCCGCAGCUUCCGAGGCUCCUGACCUCCUCCCCGCUUCCCUCGGGCCCAGUUUGUUCUGUUGCAUGCUUUCGCAUGCUUUUCGAGCAUGGGUUAAGGAGUGCUGAUUCGCGACCCAGUUUACUUGGGCGGCUAGUCGGACUGAUACUCUCCUUCCCUCUGCUGCAGCUGUAGCCUAAGGGCUUGGCCCCUAGUGCUAGAACUCUUCUAGAUCGGAGACGUUUUUCUGUUGAUCAAACUUUGUUUUCUGAAACAUCAUCUCGCGAUGUAGGCCAGAUAGACCUCGAACUCAAGAUUCUCCUGCCUCAGCCUUUUAUAGUGCCAGAGUAAUAGGCCAAGCUGUUUAUCAAACUUGAGUGCAUUUGAAGUCUUUAAAAAGUUUUCAAGUGUACCUUGACAGCUAAAUAUCUUACCUUAUGCACCUCAGCUCACUCUGCAAAUGAUUAGUAAUCUAUUUGUGUGUUCUCAUACUAUUUAUCUGAUCUGAGAAUGAAUGUAUUGUCUUGGCAUUUCUUAGGAAAAAGGAAAGACCUACAGUAGUAGGAGCAGAGAGUCAGGGAGGAAUAGUUGGUGGAGAGGAAGGAAGGAAGGGGAAUUAGGUGGUAUAGGACCUUGUAGGCUGUUGCACAGACUUUUUUUUUUUUUUUGCACUGGGAGAAAUCGGAACUCUGAUAGGGUUCACGGUAGAAGGGAGAAGUAGUCUGAGUUAUCUUUGAGGUAACUGGCCCCAGUGGGGUCGAUUGUAAAGGGCAAGGGAAGAAGCAAAGCAUGGUGAUCUGUAAAGAGAUUAUUGCAGUAAUCCAUGUGAAAGAUGAUAGUGCUAUCAGCCUUUUAUUAUUGAAAACUUUAAAAAUGUUCAAAAAUAGAAAUAAUAAAAUAGUAAGUUCCAUGUACACAUUUCUUAGCUGUCUCUAUCAACUCAUAGCUAACUUUAAUUCACACCCCUUACAAUCCUCUACCAUGAUUUUUUUCUUCUUUAGAAAAUAUGUUAUUUUAUGUGUAUGGGUGUUUUGGCUGUGAGUAUGUAUAUGUACUACAUGCUUGCCUGGUGCCAAAGGAGGUCAGAAGAAGGUGUCAGGUCCCCAUGGAUUCGAGUUACAGAUGUUUGUGAGCCACCAUGUGGGUGCUGGGAACUGUCUUCUGCAACAACAGCAAGUGCUCUUAACGAGUCAUCAUCUUUCUUGCCCCACCCUUUAUGAUUUUCAAUAACAGCUUUCUUGAGACAUAAUUUGCAUGUCACACCAUUCACAUUUAAAAAUUAAAAAAUAUUUAUUUACUAUUAUAUUGUAUGUGUGUUCGUGUUUGUUUGUGUGUGUGUGUGUUCCUGUGUUCAUGAUGUGUGUGGGGAGCACAGAUGCCAUGCCAGAAUGUGUAGAGGUCAGAGGACAACAUUGUUGAGCCAGCUCUCUCUCUUUCACCUUUACAUGUGUUCUCAGGUCUCCAGGCUUGCAUAGCAAGAGCCUUUAUCCACUGAGAUGUCUCAUUUGCCCAUAAUUCAAAAUUUUUGGAGACAGAGUCUCAUGAAGAUCCCUUCCUUUUGAGUUCCUAAUCCUCCUGCUUUUACUUCCUAAGUGUUGAGAUUACAGAAGUAUACCACCACACCUGGCUACAAUUCACAUAUUUAAGGUGUAUAAUUCAGUGGUUUUUAGUGGGUUCAUGGGAGUGUGCAAACAUCACUAAUCACAGAACAUCAUCACCACCCCCAAAAGAAAUCCUAACUAAGAAACCCCAGUCCACCUCAUCUCUCUAAGUAACCACUAAACUACUUUGUCUGGAUUUACAUGUUUUGGAUACUUCUUCUGAGUGGAAGUAACAUACAAUAUAUAGCUUUUGGUGACAUUUCUUUCUCUUAGCAAUUAUUUGGAGCAUGCGUUCUUGUUUUAGCAUGUGGCUGAACUAGAUUUUGCUUAUUCAUCAGUUGAUGGACAUUUGGAUUGUUUCUACUCUGGCUGCUUUGAGUAAUGCUGCUGCUGUGAUCAUUUAUAUAUGGACAUGUCUUUUCUUUUUUUCUUUUUUUUUGUUUUUUCGAGACAGGGGUUCUCUGUAUAGCUUUGGAGCCUAUCCUGGAUCUUGCUCUGUAGCCCAGGCUGGCCUUGAACUCACAGAGAUCUGCCUGCCUCUGCCUCCCAAGUACUGGGAUCAAAGUCAUACGCCACCACUGCCCAGCUCUGGACAUGUGUUUUCAUUUCUCUUGGGUAUGUCCUUAGGCAUCUCCCUUUUAUUAUGCAGUGAACUUCAGACAUCAUACAGAAGACACCAGAGGUCUCUAUCCCCAAGGAACACUCCUCAGAUACUGUCUUGUUGGAUGAGCAGGCACCUCUGGAAGAAUCAGUUGAGUGAGAUGGUGCAGCCCAGUGGUGGCCCAGCAGAGGAUCAGGACAUGCAGGGUGAAGAAUCUUCUCUGGGGAAGCCAGCAAUGUUACAUUUGCCUUCAGAGCAGGGUACUCCUGAGACACUCCAGCGCUGCCUGGAAGAGAACCAAGAGCUCCGAGAUGCCAUCCGGCAGAACAAUCAGAUGCUGAGGGAACGCUGUGAGGAGCUGCUCCAUUUCCAGGUCAGCCAGCGAGAAGAGAAGGAGUUCCUCAUGUGCAAAUUCCAGGAAGCCAGGAAGCUGGUGGAGAGACUGAGCUUGGACAAGCUUGACCUGCAGAGGCAGAGGGAACAGGCCUUAAAGGAUUUGGAGCACUUGAAGAAAUGCCAACAGCAGAUGGCUGAGGACAAGGCCUCUGUGAAAGCCCAGGUAACAUCAUUGCUGGGGGAACUCCGGGAGAGCCAGAGUCGCUUGGAGGCUGCCACCAAAGAACGACAAACUUUAGAGGGAAGGAUGCGAGCAGUUAGUGAGCAGGUUAGACAGCUGGAGAGUGAGCGGGAGGUGCUGCAGCAGCAGCACAGCGUGCAGGUGGACCAGCUGCGCAUGCAGAACCAGAGUGUGGAGGCUGCCCUGCGAAUGGAGCGCCAGGCUGCUUCAGAGGAGAAGCGGAAGCUGGCUCAGUUGCAGGCAGCCUAUCACCAGCUCUUUCAAGACUAUGACAGCCACAUCAAGAGCAGCAAGGGCAUGCAGCUGGAAGAUCUGAGGCAACAGCUUCAGCAAGCUGAGGAGGCCCUGGUAGCCAAACAGGAAUUGAUUGAUAAACUGAAAGAAGAGGCUGAACAGCACAAGAUUGUGAUGGAGACUGUGCCAGUUCUGAAAGCCCAGGCGGAUAUCUACAAGGCUGACUUCCAAGCUGAGAGGCAUGCCCGGGAAAAGCUGGUGGAGAAGAAGGAGCUUUUGCAGGAGCAGCUGGAGCAGCUGCAGCGCGAGUUCAGCAAGCUGAAGGUUGGCUGCCAUGAGUCAACCAGGAUUGAGGAUAUGAGGAAGCGGCAUGUAGAGACUUCCCAGCCCCCUUUACUUCCUGCUCCAGCUCACCACUCCUUUCAUCUGGCCCUGCCCAACCAGCGGAGAAGCCCUCCUGAGGAACCACCUGACUUCCGUUGUCCCAAGUGCCAGUAUCAGGCUCCUGAUAUGGACACUCUACAGAUACACGUCAUGGAGUGCAUAGAGUAGGAACAGCCGAUGUAAGGCCACUUGUAAUACCGUGUCCUGAACUAUACAACCUGUGCUUUCCUGUUUCACCUACAUAGUCCACAAUUAAGGACUUAAUGUCAAAGAACUGGCCCCAGGACCUAGCAAGGACCCUUGCUUUAGCCCUUUGGUCUGCUAGUUCCCCACUAGGGUAGACAGCAACAGUUAGGGCUAUUUUUUCCCUUUUCUUCUGUGCCCGAGCCACUUGCCUCUGGUGGCUUCUUCCUCCCUCUUCUCCCAUUCUCAUAGGGAGUCUAGAAUGGAGGCCAGGGGCUCUCAGGGAGCACCCCUUCUCCAAGCAGGGCUAGGUGCAGCUCUUCUUCCCUCCAGCUGUUGCCUUUCUUGCCCUGAGCUGCAGGCUGUCCUCCCAGGGCAUGUGGCACUUAGGGCCAUAACAUGUGUUGCUUCUGAUGGACAUUUGAGAAGUCUUUUUGUUACCGUUAGUAACGGUGCAGUGAAAGUACUUGUGCACUGAUCUGUGUGUGCCUUUAGGACAUGUGCUUAGACAUAGCAUUGCAGCCUUGCUGUGGAGGAGGUGGGUUGACCUUUGUGUUUCUGCCAUCUGCUAGACAUGCUGUUCUUUACUAAAGAGGGUACUUAAGUGUCUUUUUCUCGGGUAUGUGGGCUCUUUUUAAUCCACUGAUAUAACUUGGAUUUUCAUAUUUUCUAUCCAUUUUUUUGUUGUUGUUGCAUCAUUGCCAUUUGUUCCUGGGCUUUGGGGAGCUCUUUAAUCAGCAGUCAGGUUAGCUUUUGUCUAUCACAGAAAAUGCACACCUUGUUUCACUUUGAUUGUGUUUAUAUUUUUGGGCCUAGAAGCUGUUUAUGUACUCACACCCAUUCUUUACUCUCAUAUUUUGGCUUUGGAGUUAUGACUGCUUUGUUGUUUGACAGAAGGCUAUUUCACACACAUGCUUUUUUUUUUUUGUUCUAGCACCAGUGUGCUCUUGUCUUUGUGAAACACAUUGUUGUUUUGUGUGAAUGGUGGUUUCCAUGCUUCAUCACACUCCAGGAGUUUGUGAUGGCAUGUUCACCAGCCCAAAUGUCCUGUCUUGGGAACCAUUUAGUAGUGACUGGCAGAUUGUGAACAAGGGAAUUCUUUACUUGUUUUGCAAGUUUCUAGACAUUUUCUGGGAUCUUACAAUCAUUGGUAUUAGUCUUGCAAUUCUAGUAAAGGAAAGGAAGUUGGAGUUGAGAAAACAAUAGAUGUGCCUUGCUGACUCCUCAGACCCGAAACCCUUUCUGCCCUCCUGCAAGCUUUCAUGGUUCUGAGUGGAAUCUGUAAAUCCAUUCCUGCCUGGGCUUUUUUUAUUCACAGGGAUUCUUGCCCAUUAAGAGUGGAAAGGCUGAGUAGAAUUAGGAUUUAAAAAAUAAGCCUGAGCUGGGGGCUUCUUCACAACUCUCAGGGGAUGGGGAGAAAAUUUUCUAUUUCCUGAUUCCCAGGUAUCUAUCAGACAGAUCUUUAGGAAAAUGUUAAAGGAACAGACAUGUUCUUUGCUCAUGAGUCCUUCAUUUAAAUACCUAAUCUAAUUUUUCUUCAGUAGUACUAUUGGUUUGGUUUGAUUCAGUUCAGUUUUGUGGUGGUAUAUGACUUUCUUAUAGCUGUUCUAAAAAUUCUCAGAGACUUGAAGCAGAAAAAAAAAUCACUCAUGUCUGGAAGUAGGAUGUUAAGUUUCUUCUGAGAAUCAAUUCCAGACUUUCUCUCAGCUCUUGGUUUCUGACAGUCCUUGGUGUUGCUUGGCUUAUAGACCCAUCACUCUAAUCUCUGGUUCUAGGGCCUCAUGGUCUCCUCUAUUUCUGUCUCUUAAGAACACCAAAUUGUAGAUGUGAGGUCUAUCUGGUAAUUAAGGAGGAUCUCCAGCUCAAGACCCUUACCUCACUACAUCUACCAAGACCCUUUUCCCAAAUAAAGUCAUGUUCUCAAGUUCUAGGGGUUUGGACUUACACAACCCAGAGUAGGGAUAUCAUCAGAACCUGAGUAAAUGCAGCCCAAAGGCAGGUGCCUUUAAGCCUUGCAAUUCUGUUAGAGAGACUUGGUCUCUAGGGUGAUGGUGACCACCAGGCUUCAGAAUUUGGAGGUCAGGCUGUUAUAGGUGUUAUGCUAUUAGCAGGGCCAGUGGGUGUGACUGAGAAAGGCAGGUUGGCUGCAGCAGGAAAGAGCUGUUGGACUGCCUGCAGUGACUGUAUAGGCUUCAUGCUUCUGGGAUAAAUAGAGAUGCAUAGGUACAUUUCUGACCAGUACUUUAUCCUGAAAGGGGCUCAGAAAGUAGGUGUGACCUAGGUUGCACAGCAGGAUCACCCAGGACCUUGAAAACAUUCUGGCUUGGGCUCCAUGGACUAGUCAAGACAAAAUCUGAGGGUGACCACAGGCAAUGGUUGGGACCUAGUACCCUUCUCAGAAGGUGGGAGCCCUUGACACUUCCUUACCCUGAAGUAUGGUGUAUGAUUAACCAAACAUUAGGUAUCAAGGAUUUGAGAUUCUACCAUCUUCCCUGACAUGGGACAUGUUUCUUUCUUUUCUGUAAUUACUUAACUAGACCUGGAAAAACUGGUUAUUAGUUUUUUCCCCCCAAGGGAUUUAGCCUAUUUGGCUUUUAUGAACUGUGGCCCCUGGCAGACAGCUUCUGGUUCCAGACAUCUAGAAGCAUGUCCUUCCCAGAAGUCCUUUUACUGUUACUUAUACGUUCUUCCUGUUGGCCCAUGACCAAGAGAAAUCUAGAGAGUCAAUAAGACAGUGCAGAGUACUUCACUCACUGCAGUAACAAAUGAUAAGGAGUAGCUCAGCAGGAAUGCAGCCACAAAUUGUAAGUAGAGAUGAUGUCAAAAUAGGAACAAUUUCAACCCUGUGUGUGAGACACCUUCAGGCAUGGUGAGACCUUGUGGCAUUUCCCCUUUCAAGGUGUGUGUAGGGGGGUGUGUUUGAUGAAAUAGAACAAGCACUUUGGAAACAUUCUGAGCCCUCUUUACCUGACAACUUGGUCCUCACAGUGACUACUUCAUUGGAGUGCCUCUCAUGGCACUGUCAUUUGUUACCACCAAAAGCUGUGAUGAAAUUGGCCAUAUACCUGAUGACACAGGCCUGCAUAGCCAGCAUCUUGAACAUUUUGUUACAUGAAACAUUCUCUGUAGUAUGGUAUAAAAAGGCCAGAGACUUAAAUUAUGUAUAAAAUGUAAAAUAAAGAAGUAAGACCUGCAAGCAUGCACCCUGUCCUCAUUUGGUGGAUGUAGGGGUAGAGUUGCCAGUAACAAAGUUUUUCUUUUGUGCUAUUUCUAUGCCUUUAAUUCUUAUGCAUUAUAUAGGAAGUAGCUGUUACACACAGCUUUGAGGUUUCCUCUGCCUAUGACUGAGGAAAGCUCAUUGUUGACACAACAGAGUGGUGCAAGGGGCCAAGUCAGUCAACUAACAUGGGGCCUGGAUUUCCUGUGACUGCAGCAACAAAGUACCACACAUUGGGGUCUUAGGCAACAGAGAUUUCCUGUCCCCCUGUUCUGGAUGGCAGGCAUCUGAGAUAAGUGUGGGCAGAGUGGGAUCCUCAUAAGAGAUAACCCAUUCCAGGCCCCUCUCACACUGUGUAGCAGAUCCCAGCAAUUCUUAGUGCUUUCUAGUUGGACCCGCAUCUCUGCCUCUGCCACUUCUUGUGUGUUUCCUUUUUAUAAGCACACCAAUGUCAAACAAAGGUGGAUAUUUUGUUCAGUAUCUUGUGACAGUGAUGGAAAGAGCUGAUCUGCAGAGAUAGAACAGCAUGAGGGUUUAGGGUAUGGAGCUGUGGCCAUAGAUAUGGAGGAGAGAGGAAGAGGCAUCUAGUGACUACUGGACUUUUGGCUUCAUACCUGGGUACUUGGGCCAUCUGCCUACCACUGGGAGGACUAGGGAAAGGGACAUCAGAGUUUCGAGAGAAACAGUUCAAUGUUCAAUUCUGAUCCACCCAAGCUUAGUAUGAGAUGUCCUAGGUCCUCUCAUCUUGCCUUGACUGUUAGGGGUGGUUUCACAUUGAAACUGUAGGCUUUUCAUUAUCCAUUGUUUACCAGUAACCAGAGUGAUCUGGUAAAUCUGUUUUCACUUUGCUUAAUGUCCUCCACUGAUUUUCUGUUGCUUCAGGGUCUAAACUCCUUUCUCAGCCUUGUGUUGCUCUAACUUCAUGUCAUCUUCUCUAAAAGCCCAGCCAUUCCAUGCUGGCCCUUUUUCCUUUCCUCAAACCCACUAGCAAUUCUGUGUCUUAAGGCCUUUGCCUCUGUUGUCUCCUUUGCUGAGAAGGCUCUGUCCCCUAAUCUGCACAGUUGAUUUCUUUUUGUCAUUCAGAUCUAAAUGUAAACAAAAGUUCUUUCAUCUGAAGUCUUCAUCCUAAAUUACAUUACCUUGUUUUAACUCACAUCAAAACCACUGACCUUUUCUAUUCUGUUGUUUCUUCCUUCCCACUAGAGGGAGACAGAAGCCUUGUCAAUCCAAUUUAGUAACACUAUAUAGGAGCUCAGCUCAGGGAUACUCUGUGUUUACUGAUGGCUGAGCUUGUCUGACAUUAUAUCAGGAUUCUCCUGCCAGUAUUUUCACAGACAUCACCUGUCACCAUAAUUGGCAACUUAUAGAAGUUAUUAUAUUAAUGUACUAGGAAUAAUAGUACAGAAAUCUUAUUUAGAACUAUAGUAACUAUAGCUUUUUUUUUGGUGCUAAGGAUGGAACCCAGGGUCUUGUGCAUGCUAAGCAUGCAUACCACCACUUAGCUACAAUCCCAGUUUAUCAGCUUUUCUCUGUACCUCCCUACCUCUCUCUCUGACAGACCUAUUCUGUAGCCCUGCCUAGCUUGGAACUUACUAUGUAAUCCAGGAUGGCCUUGAACUUGCAGCCAUCCUAUUGCCUCAGCCACUUCAGUGCUAGGAUUACAAAUAUGUUCCACUAUGCCUGCCUGUAGCCAGAGGAUUUCUCGGGUCCCGCCUGGCCCCAUGCGGACCUGCAGCCGCUUAUAGAAUAAUCACUCAGAAGCUUAUAUUAAUUAUAACUGCUUGACUAUUAGCUCAGGCUUAUUACUGACUAGCUCUUACACUUAAAUUAACCCAAUAUUCUUAUCUAUGUUUAACCAUGUGUCUUGGUACCUUUUCUCAGUUCUGUCUUGUCAUCUUGCUUCCUCUGUGUCUGGCUGGUGACUCCUGACUCUGUUUUUCCUCUUCCCAGAAUUCUCCUCAUCUGCUUACCCCACCUAUACUUCCUGACUGACUACUGGCCAAUCAGCGUUUUAUUAAACCAGUGUACAAAAGCAUUAUCCCACAGCACCUGACUAGCAUUUUUCAUUUUGUUCAGAAUUUGAAUGGGUAUCUGGGCAUAAGUGGUACACACAAUUCUGGCACUUGAGAGGAAGAGGCAGGGAGAGUACCAUGAGUUUGGGGCCAGCUUUUGCUAUAAAGCAAGACUUGGUUUCAGAUAAGAAAAACAGGAUUUGGAAGGAUGGAUCAUGUGACCUUCAUAAUAUAUAGUUCAGGAAACCGAGUCUGAGGUUAUAUGGACAAGUCCCAGUCUGGACAUUAAUGAAAUCCCUGAGCCUUGGCUUCCUCAUCUGCAAAACUGCAAAUCAAUUUUAGUUUAGACCCACGUCUAGAUUUUCCAAUAGGUUUUGAGUGCUGGAAAAAGUCUGUUGGACCUAUCUGUGGUAGAGCAUGUAUUAGAAGUUGAAGCAGGAUGCUAAUGAGUUCUAGGCUAGCCUAGGCUGCAUAGCAAGAUUCUCUCUUAUAACACAAACAAAAAGUCAGUUGGUGAAUGAAUCCCUGGGGAUGAGUGGGGUGAGGAGAGAGUGAUAGUUUGUGGGCAUAAGGUUCUUUGGUGGAAAUAGGGAUGUUCUGAAAAUAGUCACAGUGAUGCUUACACAUCUGUGAAUAUGCUGCAAACCAUUAAAUUGUUCACUUCAGAUUGACGUGUUGUAUAUGGAUUAGGCCACAAUAAAACUGGCAUUUAAAAUGUUA